GCUCCACCCAAAGAAAUGAAAUCUUCACUCUCACUUUCACCAGAUAUUUCACCGUAAUGAUAUAGCAUUAAAACUCUGCUUCUGCCGCACAAAUUGUUUAAGGUUAUUAGGUCCUUUUGCUACUUUAGACAUGAGUCAGUCCUAUAUAUUCAUUUUGAUGAAUUUCAUCCCAUUCAGUUUCUUGCCGUCAGCGACAGGGAAUGAAUGUGUGUGCGAUCUGAAAAAUUUAGAUCCUGUAUUUCCUAACGAUAAACUAACAAAAGUAGAGACCACCGCCUUGAAAUGCAUAAGGAGCAUCACUUCAGAAAAGAUGACUGACUUAGACAGACUUCUGUUGGGUCUAAAACAACGUAUGAAGCAACUAGAGGACAAUGUGGUCGAGCUAGAAAAAGAAAACAGCAAACUGUAUGCAGCCAUGUCUCUGCGCAUCAUUGAGUUAGAGUAUGCCGAAAUACAGGACCUCGUCAACAAACUCAACAGGACCACCAACGAUUACUAUCAUCUCAAUGUGCAGGCUGCAGCUCAGCUUGAAGAUAUGAAGAACACAAUGGUGGAGUUGUUGAAGUUUGACAAAAUGCAAGUGAUUAAAAAGAAUCGAGAGAACCAAAUCAAGAAGAACUUGGAACAGUACAAAGAAGAGCUCAAGGCUUCAUCACCACCUCCUACAGUUUCCUUAGGCCGCUGUGGUCUGGGUCAAAUGGUCAAUGUGGCAGGACCUAGAAUAACUUCCCCCACGCCAUACGGCACCUCCUACCCUUAUGGUGCUUGGGGUCGAGAUGUGAAGCCCGCUCCAGGAGACGAGAACAAGUACUGGCUGGUGGUGCUGACAAGUAGUAACGUAUAUGGCUACUAUGUCCGCCAGUACAGCACCUUGAGUACUCUUUUAUUAGGUUUAGGACCAAUAGAUACAUACAUAGCAAGCUCCAAUCCCACAACAAACACAAUUCAGGGGUCAAACAUGGUCAUGUACGCCAAUGCACUCUACUAUAACUGUUACAACACAUAUUAUGUCUGUCAGUUCAACUUGUCGACUCGUUCUGUCAGUACUGUGGCUUUACCUAGUGAUACAGGUUACAAUAGCAAGUUUCCAUUCGGACACCUCGGCACAACAUACAGCUAUACUGAUAUGGAUUUUGCCACAGAUGAAUCAGGCGUCUAUGUUAUAUAUGCAACCACAAGCAACUUCGGAAAUGUGAUUAUCACUAAAGUCGAGACUAGUAACCCACCAGUUUUCAAAAAAACAUGGUUCACUUCUCUUCUCAAAACCAGUGUGACAAACACCUUCAUGGUGUGUGGUGUGCUUUAUGCUACUCGUUACCUGGACAAAGACACAGAACAGAUCUUUUACUCUUAUGACACCAAAACAAAGAAAGAGCGAUAUGAUUUGAAAAUAAAUAUCAAGAAGAUGAAGACUAACAUUGAGUAUCUUAACUAUGACCCGAGAGAUCGUUUGCUGUAUGUCUACAGUGAUGCCUACAUUGUAACUUAUGAGCUCGUCUUUCAGUAAAGUCCCGUUCACACCAAGAAUGAUAACUAUAAAAAUAACGAUAUUAGCGUCCACACCAGUGAACAAUAUUGACUGUUUACUCUAAGUGCACGAUAAUCUGCCACUUUAAAUUCUCAAGUUAGUUAUAGCAGGAUGGAUUCUGAUUGGCUGUCAAUGUCAAAAAAAAUUGUUCUGAAAGUAAUUCCAACGAUAUCGCUUCUCUGUGCUUUUAUUGUUAUAGAUGUGGUGUGGACUCUGCUAUUCUUUAGAAUGAUUUUUAGAACUAUAUUUUUAUCAUUGUCUUUAUAGUUAUCGUCCUUGGUGUGAACGGGCCAUAAGUCUCCAUUGACUUGAUUUGAUACAAGGGAUACUGGCUGAAUCCUAUUUUACACAUUGUCUGCACUAUAUAGUAUACAAGAUUAAAAUUACUGCUUCACAAAUGAUUGUAUGUUGAGCAAAGUAUCCCAAAGGUAAAGUAUACCAAAGCUUUUAAGACUUAGCAACAUGCAAAAGCUUUCAUGCAAAAACAAACAAGCGGACUGUGUUAUCAGAACAAUUUUAUGAUACUAUGUCCAAUUACUAGUUCCCUAUCUUACAGUAAUUUCAAAAGUACUUUCCUAAUCAACAGUGAAUUAUGUACAUUUACAGUAAAUAAAUAUUUUACAUAUUUUAAAUGCCAGAACUGCUUAUUUUGUGGAGGAAAAGCAUGUGUUUUUAUGUACUACCCAUUUUGUUUAAUAAAAUAAAAUAUGAAUGAAA